AAUACAGUGACACGUCCACCCACCCUGUCAAACAUCGGAAGUUUUCUGUUUCUGCAUGACAAUUUUUCAUGUUUUAACUAUUAAAAAUGCCGUUGCGCCUGGACACCAAGAGGAAAUUGACAGCGAGGUCUGACCGCGUCAAGUGCGUGGAUCAGCACCCCACCGAAACCUGGGUGCUCUGCUCGCUCUACAACGGCGACGUGAACAUAUGGAACUACGAGACGCACACGCAAAUCAAGAGAUUCGAGGUAUGCGAUCUGCCAGUGCGCGCUGCAAAAUUUGUCCCCAGGAAAAACUGGGUGAUCACGGGUUCGGAUGACAUGCAAAUACGCGUGUUCAAUUACAACACAUUGGAGAGAGUGCACUCUUUCGAGGCACAUUCAGAUUAUGUUCGCUCCAUUGCUAUUCACCCCACACAGCCUUAUAUUCUGACUAGCAGUGAUGAUCUCCUCAUAAAACUGUGGAACUGGGAUCGCAGUUGGGCCUGUCAACAAGUGUUUGAGGGCCACACCCACUAUGUAAUGCAGAUUGUAAUCAAUCCAAAGGACAAUAAUACAUUUGCAAGUGCCAGUCUCGACACCACGGUCAAAGUAUGGCAACUGGGUUCCUCAGUUUCGAAUUUCACAUUAGAGGGACACGAGAAAGGAGUCAAUUGUGUGGAUUAUUAUCACGGUGGGGACAAGCCAUAUCUGAUAAGUGGUGCAGACGACAGGCUCGUUAAAAUAUGGGAUUAUCAGAACAAGACAUGUGUUCAAACACUAGAAGGACAUACACAGAAUGUGUCGGCAGUCUCUUUCCAUCCCGAAUUGCCCAUCCUGCUCACAGGGUCUGAAGAUGGCACUAUCAGAAUUUGGCAUGCUGGCACCUACCGACUUGAAUCUAACCUAAACUAUGGUUUUGAAAGAGUGUGGACAAUUUCCUCCAUGCACGGCUCUAAUAAUAUUGCUAUUGGUUAUGAUGAGGGGACAAUAAUGAUAAAAGUGGGCAGAGAGGAGCCAGCGAUUUCCAUGGAUGUGAAUGGCGGCAAAAUAAUAUGGGCGAAACAUUCCGAAAUGCAACAGGUCAAUUUGAAAGCACUUCCAGAGGGUAUUGAAAUAAAGGAUGGAGAGCGGGUUCCAGUGGUGGCCAAGGACAUGGGCUCGUGCGAGAUCUAUCCACAGACGAUCGCGCACAAUCCCAACGGUAGAUUUGUGGUGGUUUGUGGUGAUGGAGAAUACAUAAUCUACACAGCGAUGGCACUAAGGAACAAGGCGUUUGGAACCGCGCAGGAGUUCGUGUGGGCAUUAGACAGCUCUGAAUAUGCCACCCUCGAGAACUCCAGUACCGUCAUAGUGUUCAAAAACUUUAAAGAGAGGAAGAGUUUCAAACCGGAGUAUGGAGCAGAAGGCAUCUUCGGUGGAUUCAUGCUGGGCGUGAAGUCCAUCAGUGGCAUGGCUUUCUCCUUCUAUGAUUGGGAGCAAUUAGACCUAAUCAGACGUAUCGAGAUCCAGCCGCGGCACGUGUACUGGUCGGAGAGCGGGAACCUAGUGUGCCUGGCGACUGACGACUCGUACUAUGUACUCAAGUACAACGCCGCGGUGGUGACGCGCGCCAGGGAAAGCAACGCCAACAUCACAGAGGAUGGCAUUGAGGAUGCAUUCGAGGUGGUGGGUGAGGUGAACGAGACAGUGAAGACCGGUCUCUGGGUGGGAGACUGCUUCAUCUACACGAAUUCACUGAACAGGAUAAACUACUAUGUGGGCGGUGAGAUCGUCACCAUCUCACAUCUCGACCACACCAUGUACAUACUCGGCUACGUUGCUAAGGAGAACAGACUGUACCUGAAUGAUAAGGAGCUGAACAUCGUGUCGUACUCGCUGCUGCUGUCGGUGCUGGAGUACCAGACGGCGGUGAUGCGCGCCGACUUCGAGACCGCAGACCGCGUACUGCCUACUAUCCCACACGACCACCGCACCAGGGUUGCUCACUUCCUCGAGAAACAGGGCUUCAAACAACAAGCCCUAGCUGUAUCUACCGAGCCCGAGCAUCAAUUCGAGCUGGCCUUAGCCCUUGGGGAACUGCAGCGCGCGAAGCAGCUGGCAGAAGAGGCCACAUUAGCUGAAGGCGCUCCGUCGAGAACAUCCGGAGCGCGUUGGUCUAGACUCGGGGCGGCUGCAGCAGCCGCCGCCGAUACGGAACUCACCAAGGCGUGUUACCAGGCAGCUCAGGAUUACAGCGCGCUCUUGCUGUUCGCUGCCAGCACUGGUGACAAGCAGCUGCUGCAAGAUGUGGCUCGAAUGUCGGAAGCGGAGGGUGAUGACAACAUAGCGUUCUUGGCUUACUUCACCCUCAACGAGCUGGAUGCCUGUCUCCAGCUCCUGAUCAGGCGAGAAAAGCUGCCUGAAGCGGCUUUCUUUGCCAGGUCAUACAUUCCGUCGAAGGUAUGCGAGGUGGUGGAGAUGUGGCGCGAGUCGGUCGGCGCCACCAACAAGAAGUCCGGACAGUCGUUGGCGGACCCUCACAACUACGAGAACCUGUUCCCAGAGUACAUGGACUCACUCGUGAUGGAAAAAUUUCAACGAGAGUACGGUUUCGAGCACAGUUCAAAGCUGUCCAACUUGCCCACUGAUUCCAAGCAGUGCAACAUAGAGCGGAAGCUCGCUGAUGAGAUGGCACAGGCUGUGAAAGUCGGCGCAUGGAAACUGACAGUUGGCCCCGGUGAAUUGAAACCAUCCGGUAGCGAAAGGAAGCUGGAGAACUGCAAUCAAGUAACACCAGACAGCACCAGCGAUUUGAGAACGGACAACACCAGCGAUAGGAGGCACAAUGUGGCCGCUGACUCCACCGUCGAAGUUCCCGAUUCCGCUAGCAGUUUAUUUGUUAACACUGACGAGUUGCUAGCAAGAAAAUUGAAGCGCAGAGAUUCUAUUGAUAUAAUGGAAGAGAUCGACCGUGAAAUAGACGGCAUCGAGCUGGACGGCAACGCCGAUAGUGUGGACUUGUCGGAUGAAGCGGAUCUAUUGGACUAAUAUAUAAGUGUAUUUAGAUUUUUUAUUUUAUAUAUAAUACUAUUAUAUAAUGUACUAUUUCCUAAAGUGCUAAUACAAUUAAGAUUAAAGUAUUAUACAGUUUUCUUUCAAGGUUUUGUUUCUUUUCUGAUUAGAUUAUGUCACUGUACAAAAUAUAACGAUGUGUGUUGUAUAAAUACAUGACAAAUAAUGAAUGCGCCUCAUUUAUUGUGUAAAAUUGUGUAAAGUCGCGUGGAGGAGGCGCUAAGACAAAUCGCUGACGAUUAGUAAAAUUUAUUUUAAUAAAGACGUGAAAUAUGUAGAUGUUGUAAAGAGAAAUAUAUUUGAAUACUCCCGACACGCAAUACCUCUCGACCCUCGCCUCAAAUUAAAUGUAUAUUUAAUUGCUACGCCAACAAUUUAUAGUCUAUUUUAAAUUUUAAAUAAAUAUAUUUAUCGUAGAUAUAUCAUAUAGGUACGCUAUUGUACAAGGUUUAGUAUUUACCUGCAUGUAGAGUGCAUUAGUAAAAUUUUGCAGCGUGACAUUCACAAAAAUGUUGCAUAUGUUGCAUGUUAUUUGUUAUUGUUAUCAAAUAACUAUUGUCUAUUCCGCCUUGACAGACAGAAAAAAACAUAAUAUAUGUCAAAUACUAGAUUGCACGAAGUAUGUAAUUAGGUCAUAAUGACUAGGAUUGAUUGUAAUAUUUGCAUGUAAAUAUAACGAUUGAGACAACCACAAGUGCAUCAUGUUUUAUUAAAUUUUUCAA